CCAAAUGGUCUGAAGAGCUCCUGCAGGUCUGUCUCACCGGUGUCCUCAGAGAGCUCUGUUCCUGUGCUACUGCCCACAACGCAUAGCGCGACGCAGCCAGGUCAGUGCGUAAUGAUGUCAUCAGCUGCGGAGGAGGUUGAAACGGCGGCAGAGGACAGCAACACCCGCAAAUGGACCAAGGAGCAGACGGCAGACCUCAUCCGACUCCGCCGUGACAAUGAGCACCUGUUCACGGGUGCGAAACACUCAGCCGCAGUGGGUUGGAGAGAAAUCAUGGAGAAGAUGGACCUGGUGGGGAAAAUAUCCCCUGUGCAGGCCAAACGCAAAUGGGAGAACCUGAAGAGGAAAUACAAAGUAUCUACAGUGGUAGUGACAGAUGUAACUCCACACGUAACACUGAGAUGUCACCUAUGUAAACCUGCAAUGUUGCUGUUGUUGCCAACUGCCAUUUGUGAUGUACUCUGCCCUCAGGAGUGCAAGUAUCCAGCGACGGGCGAGGGUGCAAGUGGAAAGCCCACUGCUGCAACAUGGCCCUGGUUUGGUGCCAUGGAUGAGGUGCUAGGACAGAGGCCCUCCACCAGGCCACCUGUCCUAAUCUCCUCCAUCCAGGAGGACACACCAGGGCCCAGUGCAGCAGUGGGCAACCCACUCCCACACCAGGAGGGGCAGGAGGAUGAGGAGCGGCCUGAGGCACGGGUGGCGAAAAGGAGGAGGGACGGGGAGGAUGAGCUCAUUGCCCUAAUAAAAGAGGACAUGGCUCAGCAACGCCAAAUGGAGGAAUGGAGAGCCGAGAGGAUGGACAGGCUGAUAGGUGUCCUCGAAAAGCUAGUGGAGCAGAAAAAGGACUGAGUCGUGUCCACAGACAGCCACUGUACA